AUGGCUAUACUACGCGCCUUGCUCUUUACCGCAGUUAUGUCCGUAGGCGCUCUCGCAGUGCCGGUCGCAGAGAACACCAUCAACAUUGAGGCCCGCGCUGCAGGGCGUUGGGAUGCUCAUGCCAAGUAUUACGUGGGAGGGGUAGGUUCUGAGAUAUACAUUACCGGCACUUGGAGCGAUCCUCUCAAGAAAAUCGAUGAAGACUCAGGGCCAUGCUCAGCCAAAAUUCUAAGCCUUGGCGAGGGUGAGGCUUUCGACAUCAAUUGCAGUUGCAAGAUCACCGGAAACGGUCCCCUUCGAUUUUCUUCAACCUGUUUUCUCGACUUUAGCGUCCCAACCCCCGGUGACUCCACAGCCGACAUUUCCGCUGCCUUCCAAUGCACUGCCUUCACGGGAUGCGCUGGCUCCUAUUCUUACUUCGUCUCGAGCUCUGCUUCUACAUGCGUCGAUGGAUCCGGAACUCCUUGCAAGGGGUUUAGAAUUGUUAAAUGA